AGUGCAUACAGUCACAGCAGAGAAGUCCUAUGAUGCUACAGAAAGAAUUGAGGUUAGAGAUCCUUUAAGACAAGAGCUGUGUAGCAAAGCCCAAGUGAGAAGGAUGAACUAAGUCAGCAGGAGGAGCAGGUGUCUGGGCGGUGCGAUCCGUUCCCUUCUUCCUAUUCUCUCUCUUUUCGUGCAAUCUCUCCUGGUCUUUUCAUUCUUUCUUCCAGCAGAAGGAGCUCCUUGUCUGAUCAGGGAAGGCUGUGUGGCUGGGACACGCUCCCCGUGUUUGUAUACACAGCUCUCCGGCCGGCUGACAGCUGUCAUCACUCCUUCCAGGGAUCCGUGCCUGCGCUAGCUUCACCCCGGAUACUGGCGACUCAAUACUCUCAUCUCUGGCGACUGACUUUUCCUGGCUUGGGAGGGAUACAAGGAAUACUAAGGGCAAAUUAAGGACCUCUUCCCGGGACUGGAGUGUCUUUUCUUGGGGGACAUCAUCGGAAUCAGCUCUCUCUUUUUUUUUUUUUUUUACUGACCCAAAAACAUGAUCCUUAAGGGGGUAUCACGCCUCCUGAUCAGCAUUAGCUUUUGGGUCCCCCUUCUAGUUCAAGGGGAUGUCUGUGAGCCCAGCCCAUGUGAAAAUGGAGGAAUAUGUUUAUCAGGCUUAUCUGAUGAAACCUAUACAUGUGAGUGCCCAGUUGGCUUCAACGAUCCCAACUGUUCUAGUGUUGUGGAGGUUGCAUCGGAAGAAGAAGAGUCUACAGCCACAGAUCUAUGCCAUCCAAACCCCUGUCAUAAUGGAGGAAUAUGUGAAAUCAGUGAAGCAUAUCGUGGUGAUACGUUUAUUGGAUAUGCCUGCAAAUGUCCCCGUGGGUUUAAUGGAAUCCACUGCCAGCAUAAUGUCAAUGAAUGUGAAAGGGAGCCUUGUCGGAAUGGUGGAAUCUGCACAGACCUGGUUGCCAACUACUCGUGUGAAUGCCCUGGUGAAUACAUGGGAAGGAACUGCCAGUACAGGUGUUCUGGACCACUGGGUAUGGAAGGAGGGAUCAUCUCAAACCAACAAAUAACAGCAUCUUCAACUCACAGAGCUCUUUUUGGAUUACAAAAGUGGUACCCAUAUUUCGCCCGACUGAAUAAAAAAGGACUUGUCAAUGCCUGGACAUCUGCAGAAAACGACAGGUGGCCAUGGAUUCAGAUAAAUUUACAAAGGAAGAUGAGAGUCACUGGUGUUAUUACACAAGGAGCAAAAAGAAUAGGCAGCCCAGAAUAUAUCAAGUCAUACAAGAUUGCCUACAGUGAUGAUGGAAAGUCCUGGUCAACAUAUAAAGUAAAGAGAACCACUGAAGACAUGUUAUUUCGGGGUAAUGUGGACAACAACACGCCGUAUGCCAACUCAUUCACUCCACCAAUUGAAGCUCAGUACAUUCGCCUAUACCCACAGGUGUGCAGGCGACAUUGCACACUACGGAUGGAGCUACUGGGGUGCGAACUAUCAGGCUGCUCGGAACCACUUGGAAUGAAAUCAGGACAUAUACAGGAUUACCAAGUCACAGCCUCCAGCGUUUUCCGAACACUAAACAUGGACAUGUUCACUUGGGAGCCCAGGAAAGCCCGGUUAGACAAGCAAGGCAAGGUGAAUGCCUGGACAUCUGGAAGAAGUGAUCAGUCACAGUGGCUUCAGGUGGAUCUCAUUCGUCCUACAAAGGUCACAGGAAUCAUUACACAAGGAGCUAAAGACUUUGGACAUGUGCAGUUUGUAGGUUCUUACAAGCUUGCCUUCAGUAAUAAUGGAGAACACUGGACCGUCUAUCAAGAUGAGAAACAAAGAAAAGACAAGGUAAUGUAA